GCUCUGCAAACAAAUUGGAGCUAAUUCAUUAAGUCUUGCUAAUCGGUGUUGAACAACCUUUUUUGCGUGUCCGAAAAUAUACUAAUCAUGUGUUUGUGUUGUUUUUAUCCUCUUCGCGAAGUUUAGUUGUAUCUUAUUUAUUUUCUCCCGGAAGCAGCAGAAGCGCGUAGUUAGCCUAGCCUAGCCUGCUAGCUGUAAACAGUGAGUCAGACACAUUGAUGAAGAACAGAUCGUUUUUCUGAUGGAGGUUUGGGAGAGAAAAGGUCUCAGAAAGUCUCAGCGUCGGAGAAAAGACAAUUAACAGAAAUGGAGGAACCGACGCGCCGUGAUGACGUCCAGCAGAGUGACCCACAGAUUAAAGAGGAACAGGAUGAGGCUGAGGUCACAGAGUUUGUAUUUAACCCUGUCGAAAAUGAAGAUGAGGAAGACUUUUCUCAGUCUUUGGAGCUUCAUCACAUCCAGUCUGAGAACAGGAAUCCUGUUGGACCAGAAUCGCUCUCAUUUAAACCUCCAGAGGCUUCAGAACCUUGUAGAGAGCGCGGUGGGCCUUCAUUAGGUAAUAUGAGUGCGAAAAAGUUCUACAGCUGCUCUGAAUGUGGGAAAACCUUCAACAGCCGACCAUGUCUGGUAAGACACAACAGAAGCCACUCUGAAGAAAAACCCUUCAGUUGCUCUUUCUGUGACCAGAGGUUCAGCAGGAGGGAAAACGUAACUCGUCACAUGAGGUGUCACACCGAGGAAAAACCUUUUGGCUGCUUGGUUUGUGAACAAAAGUUCAGCCGAAAGGAGAGUCUGACGUAUCACAUGAGCUACCACACUAAAGAAAAACCUCACAGCUGUUCCAUCUGUAGCAAAGCUUUCACUUCAAAACGAAAUCUAAUGGCGCACGGGAGAGUCCACACCGAUGAAAGGCCGUUCAGCUGCUCUUUCUGCAAGGCCACUUUCAAGCGAAAAUAUACGCUUGUGGAGCACACUAGGAGCCACACCGGACAGAAACCAUACCAAUGCUCAAUGUGUGGCCAGAGCUUCAGUCAUGGCAUCAGCCUGACCCGUCACAUGAGGUGUCACACAGGACAGAAACCCUACAGUUGUCCCAUCUGUAAGGCUGCUUUCAAACUGAAGAACGCCUUGAUGGAGCACACCAGGAUUCACACGGGAGAGAAACCAUUCAACUGCACCAUCUGUAAGGCUGCAUUCAGGAGGAACCAGGACGUUGUGAAGCACACCAAGAUCCAUGCAGGUGUCCAGCAGUUGUUGGUGAUUAAAGUGGAGCCUUCACAUCAGGAGAGCAGCUCUAGUCCCAAAGUGGUCCAGGAGCAGCCUAACCCUCCACAGAUUAAGGAGGAAGAAGAGGAGACUGAGAUUACAGAGCUCAGAUUACCUGCCAUCCCGAUGAAGAGCAGAGAUGUUCAAAACAAAUCUCUGUCGUCACAAAUUCAUCUCAGCCAAGCUGAGGAGAGCAGAGACUCUGAGAACCUGAAGCCAAGUCUGGAUGAGCAUUUACAGUCAUCCUUCGACAAAGAGUCGGGUUUAGACUCUCUGCAGAACAGCCCCGUUAGCGUAACUGCCUGCAAGAGCGGCAAGAAGCUCCACAGCUGCUCCGAGUGCAGUAAAACUUUUAACCACCGGGCAGAUCUGUUGAGACACAACCGAGUCCACACAGGAGAGCGACCAUUCAAAUGUUCAGUUUGUAAUGCAGCGUUUAGAAGAAAAUACACGCUAGCAGAACACAUGAGGACACACACUGGAGAGAAACCCUACAGCUGCUCUCUAUGUGAGCAAAGCUUUGGCCGUAAGUCCAGUCUCACCUGCCACCUGAGCUGUCACAGUGCAGACAAACUUCUCCAAUGUUUGCUUUGUAAGGCCAAGUUUAGGGAUAAACAAGAUCUUAUUGAACAUACAAAAACCCACACAGCUACAUAACUGUUGGGCUGUACAGCCUGGGGUCAAAGGUUCACAAUUUCAAUUUUGUUUGAAAAAAACACAAGAGGCAAAGAUGAACAGUUAUCACAAGGAUUCUGAUUUAUCAACAAUAAAUUAAUUUAUUAUGAAUAAAAACUUCAAACCCAUAUUCACUCUUGGUUUUAUAACAGCAGAAACUGAAUCAGUAUUUAUGAAAAUAACUUCUACUGCAAUUAUUGUGUUGUAAUUAUUGCACAAAUGUAUACAACUGUUGCGCUACAUGUUAAAAAAUCCAUCUUUCUGGAUUAAAAUGUUUUCUUUUUCUUGCAUUGGUGAGAUUUAAUGAUGUAAUGUUAAAUAUUUGUUUUCACGGGAUGUAUGCAGAAAAUCAACAUAAUUAGAAAUAAAUAUGGAAGAGGAUUAAGGUUUGUGAAAUUAGCUUUUUCCACAGAAUUUACUUAUUUGUUCUUAAAACUGACUUUUUUCUUACAAUUGCAACUUUUGUAAGAAUUUUGACUAUUAAUUUGGACUUUUUUCUAUAUGACUUUCUUAGAACUUUUAGUUCUUAGAAUUCUAUUUAUUGGAAAACUUUACUUAUAAUUAUAAUACUUAAACUUUUUUCCAUAGAAUUCUGACAUUUUUUCUUAAAAUUUUUACUUUUUUAAAUUUUGACUUCAGAAACGUGAGUUGUGUCAAAAAUGUCAGAUUCAGGUGAUUUUGUUUUUGUGUGUCAGAGGAAGUCAGAAUUCUGAGGAAACAAUUUUUAUUUAUUUUUGUUUCAGUGACCGUAAUCCUCUUGCAUAAAGACUUGGAAACAUCAGUCGAUGUGCAAUCUAAAUUAUGUUUCACUGAUAAAGGAACUUUUCAAUGAUUUCCUAAUAUAUUGAUAUAUAUUUUUACUUAUGUUGGCAGGGACCUGACUUGAGCAUUGUAAGUUUCCUCAGGUUGAGAAAUGUUUUAUUUUUUUUACUUUAUUUAGUUUUCAACCAAAUUUAAAAAGAAUCUUAAUAUAUCUUUGGUACUUUUUAAGUACCUCUGUCCACUUCACCACUUACACAAUUGGUUGCACUGAAUUCUUAAAGCAAGAAGGUUGUGGGUUCAAUUCCCAGUCCAAGGUAUUUCUCCAUGGAGUUAGCAGGUUGUCUUUGAUUUUUCUAAAUUCUCCUUAGGCCUGUGCAUGAGUCGAUCAAAAAUUAAAAACCAAAUGAGAAUAGUGAAAAAUUGUAGCAUUUGCAUGUUUUCGAUCAGAUAUUUGUCUAGAUGUAAAAAAGAAAUAUAUAUAGAUAUAUAUAAAAUAUCUAGUCAGCAGGGAUGUAAUGGUGUGUAUUUUUCAUGUAGUUAAAAUAAUUCUCACAUCAGUAAAAUGGGUUCAGAUGUUUUUAUUGCCAUGUCUUAAGUGUCAUCAAUAGUCCAGUUAAAGUUACACUGGAUCACCAUGAAUUAUAUUUACUGGAAAAAUG